AAAACGUUGUGUGGCAACACUGCGGUUACGUAUUUAAGAAUACGGAUGGAAUAAAAUUUAUUAAUUUUGGCCGGUUAUCAUCUGUGAAAGUCCCUUUAAAGCACCCUAUUUACAUUAUGUGGUGGCUAAGACAAGUUCCUAGACUUAACUCAGCAACUGCUGGGGUGACGGUUGCAGAUGUCUCCAAACGAUUGGUUUCUGCUUUCCACACAAGUUCUUAUCGCGGCAAGGCGGAGGAUCGUAAGGAAAUGUUGGCCUCCUUGCCAGCCAAAGACGAAGGCACAGUUGGCGAGAAAUCGGUGGAUAUUGACACACUGAUCAACAGAAAGGCAAAAUUCUUUCCCGACGCUAGUACCUCCAGUGAACUUUUCAAUGGCAUUCCAUUCAGUGAACUGCCCAUUUGCAAUAUUCGAGUAUCCUCAAACAAUACCAUCAUUUCCGUGACCGAUUACAAAGGAGUGCCUAGACUUAUUCGCUCAUGUGGCAUUGAAGGAUUUAAAAAUACAAGGAAGGGAACAAAUAUUGCUGCUCAAGCAACUGCUGUUAGUAUAAGCAAUAAAGCCAUUGAACUGGGUUGGAAAACAAUACGUGUGAAGGUUCGUGGCCUUGGACCUGGAAGAAUGUCGGCCAUUAAGGGAUUACAAAUGGGUGGAUUGAAUAUUGUUUCAAUUACGGACAAUACUCCAGUGUCCUGGAAUCCGCCUCGUCCACGAAAACAAAGAAGUUUGUAAGAUAUGGUUGGAACAAUUAGUUUUGAGAUGUUUUUAAAAAAUAUAAAUGUUAAUUACAUUGUUAAUUACAAAACAAACUUAAUGUUUUUCAAAAUCAAUACAUUUUAUUUGAUCGUUCUUAUUUAGAUAUUUGGAAAAGUGUA